UAAAUUUAAAUUUUGGAGGUUAGUUUGUUUAUGUAUGUAAAUUUAUGUUAAAGAGUUGUAACGUACAAGAAACGAUAAUAUAAUGGUCUACAAACUAAAAUUUCCAAUUUUUGUGCAAAAAUAUAAUGUCCGAGUUUUCCUAUGAAAGUAAAGAUAGAGAGAGAGUUACGAAUGAAGUAUUAAAACGGGUACAGAGGUUAAGAAACCAAAUUGUCGAAUCUAUUUUAGACAACAAUCCUUUUGAUGUUGACUUUAUAUGUCCAAAAUCAAAAAAGGAAAAUAUUGAGCACAACGCAAACAUUGAACACCGCGUAGAGUAUUCACAUGGUGGAAGUAGUACAAUUCCCAGUGGAGUAAAUUUUUUUGAUUCAACCUCCAGAACAAAUACUUCUGAAGGAACUAAAGCAUCCAAUGUAUGUCUCCCCCUCGAUUUAUUUUGUACUUGUGAAAUUUGUGAAACGUAUACCAAGGAAUGUCUCAAAUUAAAACAUGAUUCUGAAUGCGCAAAGGAGCCACCUAUCAGAAGACUGAAACAUAAAAGUCCUCCAGAAAAUCCUUAUGCUAAAGAGAUUACAAAGAAAAUUCAAGAUAGUUAUCGCAAUAACGUUUCAAAAUAUUUAAAGUAUAUUGAUUGUGUAAAAGUUACGGUUCAUAGUUUGGUGUUAAAUCAAGAUGGUAUUCGAAAACUAACAAAUAGUCAAGUGAAUUUGAAAAACCGUGUUACAGCUGGUAUUUCAACUACAUAUUUUGUUGAAUAUAAUAUUCCUAAUGCUCUAAAAUCUUCUACUCAUAUAAAAUCAAGAACUGGUUCUAGAAUUGACCCGUCUGUUGUUAGAAUUUGUGCCAAAAAAUUAAAUGAAGAUGGAAUUAAUUUUAAACAAUCCCAUGUUCAUGAUGUGAUAAAUCUUAACGAAGUAAAUUUAAAAGCAAUUGAUUUAAAAUUUAAAGUAAGUAGUAGAUCACCUAACCAAAAACUUUCCUGCAUUUUGGGGACUGCAGUUUUCAAUUUGGGUUUGUUAGAGAUUUCUAAAAAUUUAUCAUGUACCCAAGAUUUGCCUAUUAACGGCGAAAUUCCUAUUAAUGUGGGCUAUUUGAAUGUAUCUAUUCAAUUUGGUUGUGGUCGACUCUAUUUUGGUAAAGAAUUUAUAGAUGCUGUCACCAUUAAUAGCGCAAAAGAAACUCACGUUGUUUAUGCCAGUGAAGAUGACGAAUCACUUAAAGAAAAUAAAUCAGUGUCUAAUAUUAUAAGUGAAGAAGUUACCAACAAAUUUACUAAUAAGACUAGUAACAGAGUAGCAAGUAAAGGAAACACAGAAAGGGAACCUGAGCAAUAUUCUCUUAAAGAAAAUAAAAAAAAAGUAAAAUCAUUACAAGAGUCACAAAAAAAUAUUAAAAAAAGUCAAGAAGAUGAAAAGAAGGAGUCUAAUAGAUCCAGUACAAAUAGAAGUGUAAUAGGACAACAGCAAAAAACAAAUUCUGCAAGAGGUUUUAUUUCUAAGGGACAGGGUCUUCUUUUACAUGGUUUUAUUUACAUAUCUGAGGUUCAAUAUUUGCUUAAUGAUCCCAUAAAUUCUUAUAUUGCUUGUUAUCCUUUUGCCCAAGAAGAUCGAAUUAUUAGUAGAACUGUCUACAGAAGUUUAAAUCCUGUUUUUAAUUUUUACCAGAAGCUUCCUUUUUUGCUGGAAGACGAUUUUUUAUUAUCACUCAGGAAUAAUUUUAUGUUGGUAGAAUUUUGGCAAAGAAAUGGUGAAGACAGUUUGAUAGGAACUGCAAAACUUCCUCUUCAUCAGCUUUUCAUUUGCUAUAGACAUGCCGAUAUUAUUAAACAACUUUCUAACAAUCAGUAUCCUGUUGUAACGUCUGAUUGGUGGGAGCCAAUACACUCACACCCGGAUAAUAUUGUUAGGGGUCACGUGAAAGCUUUAGUGGCUUUAGGAACCGAGAAACAAAUUUCUAAUCUAGAAAUCGAAAGAGGACUUAAAGAGUGUUCCUUACCCCCUAAUUUUACAUAUAAUCUUCCAAGUCAGCAGCGUACCAAGCAAAAAGAGUCUAGCCCCCUAAUACAUUCAGAACCUUAUGAAGAAAAGUGUACUCAAACUUCUCAUAGGAGUAAAUUAAACGAAACUUAUGAAAUAAUAGCAGACAGCACACCAAAAAAGUAUAUCACAGUGAACAAAGAAAUUGAAAAAGACCCUCAUCAUUGUGAAUGUUGUACAAAAACAAAAAAGACUGUAAAAGAAGUCCAACAAAUCCAACAGGAUCAUUCCACAAUAGGUAUUAAUACUGAUCCUCAAAAGUUUGACGCUGGAAUACAAGUUGACCCUGCACCUUCAAAAAUGGAAUCGAAUAGUAAGGGUGAUCCUGUGAAUAAGACGCAUGAGAUGCUAGGAGAAUUCCUUAGUCAACUGAUGGAACAAAGGAAUAAAGUAUCUAAAGAUACAGCUACAAAUACCGAUAAUAUUCCCAGAGAGAGUGUUCGUGAUAACAGUCAAAGACUACCAUUAUUAAACAAUAUAAGUCCAACAGUCCCAAUAUCUAAUACAUCGGCUUAUUUUGACCAAAUCGAAAAUAAUAUUUAUAAAAAUACAACAAAUUUACACUUGAGAAGUACAUCUGAUUUGCUUGAUUCUCUACAUGAAGCAUUAAAAGUUGAAGUAGAAGAAACCCCAUUAAAUAAUGAGAUUCCUGUGAGAGAUGUACAAGAUAAACUUUAUUUUAAAACUCGCAUAUUGGUAGAAGAAGCCCUUCACUUGCCCAUGAGAAAGAAAUGCAGAUCAAGGAAGAAUAAAAAGAAGCAUGCUAAUAACGAAAUUGCUCUUCCGCGUCAUUAUGUGACUUUUGAAGUCGAACCUAAUGCACAAUUAAAAAUUACACCUGUGGAAUUCAAAACUACCAAUCCACGAUGGGAUUUCAAAUGCGAGGUCUUUUUACCAUCAGAACUACUCACAAACAGCCAGAAAAGAUUGAUUUUUAAAGUAUGGCGUCAAAAUGGCGCUCCCACAGCUCAACAAAACUUACAUACCGAUGGAGUUGUUGGUUUUGCGGCGGUAGAUUUGACAGUACUUUUGGCUGGUCUUCCUUUUGUUCAAGGGUGGUUCAAUAUUAUCGACUUUUCAGGAAAAUGCAAUGGACAAAUUAAGAUAUGCGUUACGCCAUUGGAAUCGAUUACGCGAUUUACAAGAACUCAGAUUUCCAAUUCUUCGAAACCUACAGUUCCCAAAUCAAUUACUCUUCCAAAACCUGCCCCACCCCCUCCCCAAGAACCCAGUGAGUUGUUAAAUAACGCACUUAAAAGAAAGUUUCAAGAACUGGAAGAAAUCAAUCAACGUUUGCGAUCGCGACUUGCAAACGUUAUUCAAGAAGAUUCAGAUUCAAAUGACGACUUCUCUGAAGCAUUUGAGUCUGAUAUUAAUAUGCUUUGCGUAGAAGAUGACUUUGACACUAUCGACUUCGAUAAAUUGGAAAAACAGAAGAAACAUAAAAAUAGCAAUCUUUUGCUUCAACUUGAAGACAAUCCAGAAGGAGCAAAACACCUCACGCCCUUCAAAUUGGGCACAGAUCCAAACAAAAGUGAUGCAGAUUUUAGAUCUGCUUCCAAGAAAAUGAAACAGAAAGUUUUUGCCCCACUGCUUGUUGAUGUUGCAGCAGGUGGAGAUGGCGUUGAUACAAAAGGCGAGGCAAUCAACGAAAACGAUGCUACCAAGGGUUCCAUACCGCUUUCAGAGAGUUUAGCAUCGUUGGACCAACAACUUCAACAAGGAAAAGAACGAGUUGAUAAUCUCCUACAUAAAAUCUCCUUGAUUGCUGGAAACAAUGUUUUCGCUGCGUCGAAAAGUUUUGAAACAAAUUCCGACUUCCCCUUUAGCAGUCGUUAUGUUUCUGGUUGUUCUGUUAGCCAAACUAGUGAUCAUCAGACAGAUCCUACCAUAGAAAAUAGAGGACCCAAUUUCGUCGAUGCUUCGUUUGAUACUGUUAUGUUUGAAAAGCUCUGCAGUGUAUCUGCAAACUCCAGCUCUGCUUCUUUGAAUGAGGAAAGUGCUCAGUCUUGCGCAACUACAGGAACCAGUGUAAGUGAUUCUUCCUUGAAUAGACCUGCACCAGACGGAGCUGGUAGCAGCAUUGCUCCUAAAAGUUUCACUGCAAAUACUACUAAAUAAUUAGCAUCGAUAUCUUUAGAUAUAGACUUUAAAGGGCACAUGGGUACCUGUUUGUCUCAUAAAACGUAAUAAGGCCGUUUUUUUCCUUUUUUCUAUUUAGAAAUCCUCUAUGUACUAAUUUAUACGCUUAAAAAGUUUUUUAACGUUAUAAACUGUUUUAAACUUAUGUAGAGUAUGGUAGUAAUAAAGAAAAAAAUGCAUA